UUCGUUUUGGAAUUGAUUCAACAGAAGAAGUUCACAUUAUUUUGGGAACAUUUGGGUGACUCCAUUCUAUGGAUUAAUCACUAAUCAUUGUAUCACACUUGUUUUGCUUGAUUAUACAUGUAAGAGGUACACCUGCAAGGAUCAUAAUGGACAUACGUCAAAUUCUGACUAACGGAAUUUAAGAGACGUUCGGAUCUUCCAAGACGAUGAUGGAUCUGAGAUCAUGGCGAGCGAUUUUUAUCAAUAUCCUUGCAACUUUCGUCAUGACAAAUGGGUUGGCAAAUAUAGCAGAUUUCACCUGCGAUUUCGAGGAGAAUGAUUGCGGGUUUACCGAGUACACGGUGGCGAGCGAUCUCGACUGGGUUUGGGGCCCCGCUUCUAACGGCAUCGGCCCUGGAGCAGACAACACAAUGGGGACAAUUGCAGGUCAUUAUCUGUACUUGGACACUAAGGCGCCAUCGACCUCCCUCAUCGCACGAAUAGGCUCGCCAUUCUUCGCAAUGACCACCGCGGCCAUGUGCGUCGAGCUCUCCGUGUUUUCAUCCUCGUGGUCAACGAUCACGCUCACAGGGUUUGCCAUUGCUCCGGAAUUUAAAUCGUUCAUGGAUUUGGGUAAAUUUGGCGGGAGCCGCGAAGGAUUGUGGAAGAAAGCAAUGCUGAAAAUACGACCUCAAGAUUUUAUAUUUCAGCUCAUUUUCGUAGCCCAGGUGACAAGCAAUGAAAAUGGGCAUAGCCUGGCAAUAGAUGAUAUUCGGGUCACUGAGGGUCCGUGUCCAGCACUCGAUACCUUCGAGUGUACAUUUGAGGACCAGAACAUCUGUGGUUUUAAACAUGACAUGACAGCUGACUUUGAUUUCAUCCGGCAAAACAUGGGCACGCUUACUUCAACUACAGGACCUACAAUGGACCACACCCUCAACAAUGCGAAUGGUUAUUACGUGCGGAUCGAAGCCAACAAAAAAGCUGUCGGGAGUUCGGCGAGACUCGUGUCCCCUGCCAUCCAAAGCACCCACUCAUUCACCGACCCAUCCUGUCUGAGAUUCUGGUACCAUUUGUAUGGCAAACACAUGGGAUACCUCAACGUGUAUGCGACGACCACGGAUACCAUCUCGACGUCGACUACGUUGUCGGAGGCUGCGAUGAUCUGGAGCUUGAAUGGGGAUCAGGGAGAUAGGUGGAAGAUGGCUGAGGUAGCCAUCGACAUGGCGAAUGAAUUUGUAAUAAUAUUCGAGGCUCUUCGAGGUGACGGAAAUAAAGGAGACGCUGCGAUCGACGAUGUACAGUUGAUACACUCUGCUGACUGCCCCAUACCUGAAGUCUCGACCCAACCCACGACGGACCGGACUACACUUUCUUCAACAACAACAACAACUACACCAGAGGUCGACAAAUCGACAACACAACAACCACCUUCCACAGGAAGUACUUCAGGAUCAGUACAACCAACGACACAACCAGACAUAACUUCGGCAAAGGUUUCGACUCAUCCCACUACAGCAAAAGUGGAGGAAACCAGAACAGUCAGUCAAGGAGUUAUACAGGAACAUACAACCAUCACAGAACGGACCACUUCUUCUCUUCCAAAAUCCACAUUCCCAGAGUCGGUUAAGUCUGAAGAUCCGUCUGAACGUACUACUGAUGUGGCGUCUACUCAUGAUGGACCUACGGCCGUAUCCACUUUUUCGAACACCAGCACUGCAACUGUUACUUUAACACGUCUACUGGAAACAACAAAUCCCAAAGAACAUACGACACUUCCCCCUUCUUCGAAGGUCAGCACUCCAGAAUCGGUUCAAUCAACCACGUCAUCUAGACAUACCACUAAAUAUAUGUUUCCUACUUUUAUGACGAGUUCUACCGCUCUUCCAACCUUAACCGGAACCAAAAGCCCUGCAUUGGUUAGCCCGACAAAUUUACGUGAACAUACUGCUCCAACAGAAGCUCAAUCUAGAUCUACUAUUUCAGAGAUCACCACCGCAGAAUCAGUGGUAUCGACAACUUCUUCUAUAAAGACCACUUCUAUGGCCACUUCUUCUUUUGAAGGUUCCACCACUACGCCCACCAUAGCAACUGCACCAAAGAGCAAUACCCCUGGAUCGGGGCGACCAACAACUCCACGUGUUUUUACAGCUCUCAUAGAACCUAGGACCACUCUAGCCACUGAUUCAAAGGUCAACACUUCGGAGUCUUUGAGGUCAACAGCUUCAUCUGACCAGACGGCCAAUGCAGCUUCUACUUCUAUCCAUGCACCUAUCGCCACCACCACUGUUCUAACGACAAUUAACCCUACAUCUGAGCCUCCAACACAUUCACAAGAAUCGGCGACUCCCAUUGAACCUAGGACUCUUGCCACUGUUUCUAAGGCCAACAACUCGAUGGAGACAACAGUUUCGACUGAGAAUGAUUUAACGGUCUCCACAGGAAAUACAUUAGCAACCAGCGAGUUAGGUUCAACUGGCACACAUACCUCUUCGGAUCCAUUCGAUUUGGAUACAUCAUCGAUUGAUACAUCAGGCAUCCCUUCCACCAUGACCCAACCAGAGAUGCCUGAGAAUGUUUCCACAAGUUCAGAGGGAACCCUGCGCACUCUUGUCUCAACCAGCAUCUCGAAAGCUAGUACCCUUCUUCCAGUCAACUCCUCCACAGCUCACACUCCAUCUGCUAAUGAAACCACUCUUGACCCGACAGCUGAGGCAACAACCCAUCUUGAAGUUUCUAGAACACAGUCCUCUGCAACACCUACAAAAGUAGUCUCGGAGGGACCAAGUAUUGGUAACGGGUCCUUCUUUCAGAACAAUAAGGUCGCAGUGAUAUCUUUUGGUGUUGUAUUAGGUGGCCUUUGUAUUGUAGCAACCGCAGCGUUAAUCACUCGGUUCGUGAAGUCCGACGGGACCGGUCUGUCCAUGAAACACAGAGGUCACAACCGUGUCGGUGCGUCAGAGGCCACCAAACUCCCGUCAAUGAAACCGUCGACCAAUACCCUGAUGAUGACAGGGAAGAUGUCAGGUCUGCCAUCUAUCGAAUCAGUAGAAAGGCACAAUAUUUAUAAUACUUGA